AAAUACAAAUGUAUAUGAUGAAUUAAUUUUUCUACGAUUUAUGAUCGUAGAGUUUGUUAAACACAUUAGCGUUACAUCUAGGAGAUAAAGUAUAUAUUAAUGAAUAUUCCACCCAAUGUUUAUUUUGACAUAUUGACUGGAAAUUGAGCCAAAGACCUGUAGAGAUUUUCUUCUUGUAAAAAGCGGUUAAUGAAUAAUACAAUUUGUACGCUUUUGCAUGUUGUGUUGGUGAAAAGGGACACAUAGGUAGGAAACGUGUUUGAAAUCAUGUCAGCUACAAAGGUCGGAUAGUAGGUGCGUACGACUCGGAUCAUUAUAUUUGCACCUACCUUUUAUACUUUGUGUCUAUGUGUCACGUUCAAUUUCAAUUGUGUCUAUAUAUUGCUUCAAACUAUUAUGUUGAUAUUACAUUUUAAUAUGGUAUUAAUACGAUGUGUUGCUUCAGAAUGAUUUAUUCAUAUUUACCAUUCAUGUGAAAAGGAUGAAUAUAUGAAACUUACUAUGUGUAAGUUUAACAUUAACAAUAAUAUAAUGAUGUAACAUUGAAUGAACCAAAUUGGAAACUAUGUCAAAUAGAGGUAUACGGAUACAUCGCCAGGUUGCAGUUCAAGUAUCAGUGGAUAUUGUUAUUUGGUUUUCCGUUGCAGUGCCUGUGUUAUUCUUAUUUCUACACGGCACACCGUAUGAUAGAGGGUUUUUCUGCGAUGAUGCAACCUUAAGUUUUCCGUACAAACAAGACAAACUAUCUACAUCUUUGCUGCUGGUAGCUGGCGUCAUUGUAUCUGUUUUAGUGAUUGUGAUAACAGAGGUAUUGAACAGUAUCGAUAUAAAAUGUCGUCGACAAUGUCUUUCAUCCGAUGUAAUAGUGCAUUGUGUCAAGAACUAUGCUAUUUUCCUAGCUGGUUUCAUUUUACAACAGUUUGUGGUAGAAGUCGUGAAAAGCAAGAUGGGCGUAUUGAGACCCAAUUUUUUUGACGUGUGUAAACCACAGUUUAACAUGUCAGUAUGUCCAGGCUACAUUACGAACUACACAUGUACAGGCGAUGAUACUAAGGAGAUACGGGACAGUCGACUAUCAUUCCCGUCCGGUCACUCUUCCUUAUCAAUGUAUAUAGCAGUUUACUUUUGUAUGUACAUUGAAGAUCGUUUGAAGAUAAGUUUCUCCCGCAUAUUAAAGCUGUUUCUGCAAGCAGCUCUUAUUUUUAUAGCCAUUCUUUGUGGUGUUGACCGGAUCAUAGACAAUAAGCACCAUCCAUCAGAUGUCGUUUCAGGAUUUCUGUUAGGAGUUGUUGUCGCGGUGUUUGUGUAUUAUAAAGUCGGGAAGAGUGUUUUAAUAUCGCCCUGUGCUACUGCAGAAAUGCAAAUCAGUAACAAAUCAUGUGACUGUUGCACAUGUGGACAGACGCCGGAAGUGGAACCACAAACACCCAUGCCGCUCUUACAAAAUGAAGAUUUGAAUGGUUUCGGUUGCCAGAGCAGCACAGAAGUAAAAACGCACAUAUUAUUAGACACACCUUUUAAAGCUCGACGUCAUUUGUCAACACCAAUAACACCUACAUACAAAACAGAAGACGUAGUCUGACCUAAUGUCACAUGCAAAGGAUAGUGCGAUGCAUUUCACAGACCGUCUGAAUGUAGGAAAUGAUAAAACUUACUUCAGAAUGAUGUUUUUACGAAAUGAACGCAUAUACAUUUCCUUUGAAAAGUGUUAAGGAAUGAGAAUUACGUGCCACAAUUUCGUGAACAACAAACAUCUGUACCAUGGAAAACAUGGAGUGGAAAUACGUAUGAUAUUUCUUAUAUUGGUGAGAUAGAUGGAUUAGUGUCACAUUAUUAAGAGAUUUCCAAGGCAAUCUGAAUUUCCAAUUUGUGCAAAUUCCGGACAUAAGACGGAUGACUUUCAUAUUUUGCUGAAAUUUGCAUAAAACUAAUUUCAUUUACUAACAUGAUUUGCGAAAGCAAUAAAAACUGGCAGAUGUACAAAUGAGUUGGAGUUUCUUUUGCUUUCAAUUGUUAUCAUUACAUAACACUUAGCAAUGAAAAUCGUGUUAUAAUUUAUUAUAACUGAGAUUACAUGUCAAAUGUAAGAUAUUUAUAGGCAAUUCAUAAUCAGAAAUAAAGUUUAUAAAACA